GGGCUUGACAAUUGAUCAACCACCAUGGAAACUAGAUUGAUUACCCUUUAAACCUGAGCCAGCUCGGAUUAUUCCUCUUCUUAGCCUGACUUUCAAAGCUUUCCCUAUGUGGAGAUUAAGCAAGAUUCAAACUUGGCUUGGCGCAAGGUCAUUUUGGGAGUUAUGAGCAAGAGCGGUGAAACCUCCCUCAAUUUGCUCAGCACGUGUCAAGUAAUGCACGUCCAAACGAAAUCCCCACUCAAUAUCUAGAAGGUUAUGUUUAAAAUGCAAGCAAACACCGUUGCACGCAUGACUUCCGAGUGAAAGUAUUUUUUCUUUCUUGACUGAGUUCGACCAAGUCUUAGGAGAGUACUAGCGAUUGUAUGAGCUACAAUUGUGUUCAAAUGCAAGCUUUUCAUUUGGUUCAGUUGGUUCUUGAAGGAUUUCUUGCUUGAGAGAUCAAGGAGCAACCACCACUAACAAGAACAGCACAAGCAGCGACGCCAACAACAACAACAACAACAACAAUAGCAGCAGGAGCACCAACAGAGUCCAGAGCAAGAAGGACGCCUUCUACUUUUCCAGCUUAGUGGAAAUAGCUAAAAUAACGAAGACAGAACGAAAAGGCACUCACUCUGGCUUGUUAAUUAGACCUUAACAUUGGCCGGAGUCAAAAGUCAGUCAAGAAAAACCGUCUCAUGUUAAACUGAGGAGAGUGAGUGUGUGGCCUGCAAAUCUGAUCUUGCCUGCGUUUUGUGGAUGGAAGUAGUGGAACCCGAUUUUGGAUCUUGGUGCCAUUUAUGAUUCUUCAAUUGAACUCUCUUACGAGCAACUCGCGAGAAUCUAAGAGAGCCAGUGAAGUGUUACCAACUACAAAAAUGAGCAACUUUUCCUGCUUCAAGAACCUCAAUUGUCUGAAAAAUCUUGACAGGGAUUGGGUGUAUGAGCAAACCGAUCCUGAGAAACAAAACAAAGUUCUGGAACUCAUUGAAUCCGUUCGUCGAUGGACGCUCCAAAGUGAAAACAAGUCAGAGCUCAUCUACCGCCCCUCGUCACGCCCACAAAAUCAGCGAGCCCGAGAGAAGCAUCUGAAUCAGAACAACAACAACAACAACAAUGUCCUCAAACGAAAUGCAUCCAUGCCAGACACUCGAAACCAUCAGUGGUUCGAGUCUGAGGUGGGCGUGGAUCUGGACAGUGAUACUAGUCCUCCCCUCCACAUGCGCUCGUCCAGCUCUUCCAAAGGCCUCCAUGGAGGGUCUUGCUCUAGAAGCUCGUCCAGUAGUGGAAGCCGGGAUACGGUCGAUUACGUGGUGGAGAAUGCAAAAUCAUCCCGAAACCACACAUUACCGAGGAACUCUCGCUUAGGCAGCCGGCAACUUUCGGAGCCCUCGUUCCCCACGCGAUACCGAGUCCGGUGCUCAAUCAAGGACGCCAAUCAGAACAUUAAUCCCCAAAGGGCCAAAAAUAUUGGAUUGAAGAAUCCCGGAGGACCUUUGGCAGGCGUUGGUGGAGGUGGUGGGCACUCACCCACAUUCUCUUUCGUUGAGAGUGCGGACGAUUAUAUGAAACGGAAGCAGGAAAAAUUCGACAAAUGGGACAGCGAUUUUACUCGGCGUUACAUUUACCGAGACUCCUCGAACGAUCGAUAUCGGGACAGUCCUAUUUCUACAUCCCAGAAUCCCUUACCCCCCAAGUAUGGAGUCACUUUUGGCCCAGAGGAAAGGAAACCAAACUCACGAUUCGCUGAAAGGAGGAACCAAUUUCUAAACCAAAGCUUCUCCAGUAUGCGUGAUCUUCAAAAAGAUGACAAGAUCCGACAUAUGAACGAGAGGUAUCUUUACCCCUCUGCCUCUCUCCUCCACAAGACUCUCUCCAUGGGCAAAUCAGGAGGUGUCUUUCCCAAUGAUUGUGCUUCAGAUAGUUAUGCCAAGACAACUUCUUUAAGGCCCACUGCGAAGGCCCCUCCUGUUACGAAGGAAAAAGGCACCUCCACCGACGAAUUGUUGUCGACCGAGGAUUUCCGGCAAAUGGGCACUGCCACCUACCGUCACAAGUUUGAGCAACUUUCUAGGGAGAUUCGAGCUCCCAUUCUGCAACAAGGAUGCAAGUCGCGGCGCCCAUUUGCCACCACCGACAACUCGGGUGUGGCUUUUGGUCGAUUGCCUCGACCUUUGAGUGGGAGUGCUCUGGUGGGCGGAAAAGCCUUUGUAGCCUACAAAGAACCCGUCAGUGCUUCCACGCCAAAUGAGAUCGAGAUCGAGAUCGAUAAGGCUGGUCACUUUCAAUUUCCGGCUCUGAAGAGGGCUCCCAAAGGCACUUCCACAGGAUCAGUCGGCAAGAUUUUGGGUCCUUAUGUGAGUGGAAGGAUCGCUCAAUUGGAGAAUGAACUCGAGGCUGUGGUUGGAUUGAAGCGCAAUUCCGAGGAUUCCUUCAAUUCCGUUCUGUCACAUUCUGAAGUCACUUCACAAAGCGGGUCUGAGUCCACCAUUGAUCCCGAUAUGUUCACCACGGCGGAAGAAGAUGGUCCGGACCUGAACAUGGAACAUGGUCGUCAAUAUCAUCGUCAUCCACCACCAGCCCAACCCGUCCGUCGUCAAUUGAUCCCCAAAAAGUCACGGAGCCGACUCUCUCAACCCAAAACCGCCUUCGACAAUCGCACUGUCGAUGUGUCCAUGGAGUGGGAGGCGUGCCAAACCAAUCAGGGCUUCAACCGUAGGGCAACCACUAACAACAAUUUGCCACCCAACACGUUGGCCAGUCCCGCAGAUUGGAGCCAGAACUUCCAGACGGUCACGAGCACGCCCUUGGGCAACGCCAUGAAUGCCAACAUGAACGGUUCUUAUGUGCAAGGAGGACAGCCCCCAACUCCAGAUGAAGUGGAUCAAACGGCCUACAACACCGCUGAAGAAGAUGAGAUGGCAUGGAACACCCUCACCGAAGAGGAGAGUAAUGAAAGUCAAGAUCACGAGACUACACCGACCUCUAAUGGGAAUCAAAAUCUUGACGAAUGGCAAUCAGCUGCCCAGGAUCCGAGCCAAGAAAAUUGGAACACCGUGCAAGAGUCCGAAAGCAACGUGGUUGCGGAUGAACAAAACCAGAAUGAAACGGUUGUCGGAAAGGAGGAAGACGCAUGGGGAACAGUUGAAGACGGGAAUCCUGCUGAAGAUGCCAACGUAGAAAGUCAAGAAGACUCUCGUGAUGGAGAAGAGUGGGGAACAGUCUCGGAGGGACCAUUUGAAAAGGUCGAAGACCAUGAGGACCAUAAGGAAGAACGAUUUGCAACAACAGACGGCGAACAGGUGAUUGACAACCAAAGUCAAAAUGAAAAUGUUUGGCACACCACCGUCGAGGUUAAGGCGCCUGUGGAACAGCAACAUGGUCAUGACGAUCCUGUUGAUGAUGACGAUCGAUGGCAAUCGGUAAUAGAAGAAAACCAAGGUCCCGGUCAGGAUCAAGAAUCUUCCACUCUUUGGGCUAGUGUAAACAGCACCGGUAUUGCCAGCAAUGACGAGUCCACUCUCGAACCGGAUGAAGAUGAAGAGCCUUACAGUAACACGUGGGACCAGCCCACGGAUUCAUUCCACACGAUCAAUACCGAGAACAACAAAGUCAUCAAUGCCAACAGCUCUAUAGAUCCAUGGACAGUGGCUUCUCCCACCUCACCAGUUGUCUCUCAAACUACCAAGUCUCCGUUGAAACGGACCAAGGCCUUCAAAGGCCAGUCCGGUCUUUGCGACACCGAGGAUCUCUAUUGUGACGAUGAAUUGAACGGCGAUGAUCCCAAUAUGCAAUUGGAGAUCGCCAAGGCCGUGAUCGUGCCCUCGCCGGGAGGGGACAUGCUCGACGUGCCCGAAGAUGAAGAAUCCCAUUGUCGUCGUCCUUACCCAAAUCAACCUGUGCUAGUUGAUCAAGAGUCAAUUUUGAGCAUGGACUUUCCAAGUACCGGGCCCACUUCCCUUCGAAGUAAUUGUACUGAUGACACGCCCGAUGAAGCCAUCAAGGAAGAAGAUGAAGACGCCGACGAGUUGGUGGAGGAGGACGGACCGACGUGCAAAGAGGAUCGGUUUAAGAAGCUCGUCUCUCGAGACGAAUUGGCCAAUGGUAAACUUAUCUACAGCCACAAGAGCGAGGAGAAAGUCUAACCAAGGCAGUCAGGAUUCUCGCCAAGUCUAUCAUCAUUAGCCCGGUUAUAAUCUUGUUAUCUGAAAUUGACCCGUGUUUGGAAGAAAUGUUAUAAAUUCCCUCGCCACGUCUAUCUAACCCACGUAACCUGCCUGGCCCACUCAUCUUCUCAAUAUUUCUUGUUAACCUCCGAAACUGACCGAUGAGUCUUUUCGAAAUAAAUCGACACCGGAUUUUAA